UGCUCAUUCUCUACACAACCCGGAAAUAAGAGUUUGAAAACAUCUUUAUUGCAAAAGGGUUACAGUACAUACAUGAUCAAAGAAUCAUACUGCAUUAGUGAACAAACAAAGGGCACAGACAGGAGAAAUACAAUUUUGCCAGGGUAGCUAAUACAUUAUUAAAAAGAAAAAGAGGACCAAACAUUGACAGUCUUGAUUGCCUUCUUGUUGUUAGAGACAGAAAUGAAAGAAGUCAGAAACUUGCGCUGGGUGAGCAAUUCCAUAGGAAUGUACGGAACCAGGGGGCGGUGCUCUAUCUAGUUCUUAUAAUCAUCCGUGGGAUAAUGACGCAGUUUCACCGUCACUUCAACAAACGGAGAAAAUCACUAUGAAGAUCCUGCUUUUACUGGUUCUGCUGGGAAUACACAGCGCGAGCGCACGAACUCACUCUCUGAAGUAUUUCUUCACUGGAUCAUCUGAAGUCCCAAACUUCCCACAGUUUGUGGCUUUUGGUUUGGUUGAUGAUGUUCAGAUUGAUCACUAUGACAGCAACACAAUGAGAGCAGAACCCAAACAGGACUGGAUGAGGAAGAUCACAGAUCCACAGUACUGGGAGAGUCAGACUGGGAUCGCUUUGCGUGCCCAGCAGCGCUUCAAAGCCGGCAUUGAAAUUUUAAAGCAGCGCUUCAACCAAACUGGAGGUGUCCACAUUCUACAGUUAAUGUUUGGCUGUGACUGGGAUGAUGAGACUGGAGAAGUUAACAGUUAUAAUAAGUUUGGUUAUGAUGGAGAAGACUUAAUAGCUUUGGACCUGAAGACAGAGACAUGGAUCGCUCUGUCAUCACAGGCUUUCAUCAUCAAAAACAUAUGGGAUGCUGAUAAAGCUUAUCUUGCUGAACAAAAAUACUACCUCACUCAGUAUUGUCCUGAGUGGUUGAAGAAGUACGUGGAGUAUGGGAAGAGCUCUCUGCAGAGAACAGAGCUUCCCUCAGUGUCUCUCCUCCAGAAGUCUCCCUCCUCUCCAGUGACCUGCCACGCUACAGGUUUCUACCCAAACAAAGCCGUGUUGUCCUGGAGGAAAGACGGAGAGGAUCAUCAUGAGGACGUGGACCACGGAGAGACUCUGCCCAACCAUGACGGAACCUUCCAGAUGAGCACUGACCUGCAAGUGUCAUCAAUCCCACCUGAGGACUGGAGGAAGUAUGACUGCGUGUUCCAGCUCUCUGGUGUGGAAGACGUUGUCAAAGUACUGGAAAAAGACGCCGUCCAAUCCAACAGAGCUGCUUCAUCUGCACAGGUUGUGAAGCCUAUGGACACGACCACCAUCAUCAUCAUCGUUGCAGUGGUUGUUCUUGUCGUCAUCAUCUUCGCUGCUGCUGCUUUCCUCUUGUACAGAAGAUUCAGUGCCAAAUCCGCCCCAUCUCCUGCGAGCAGCACUGAGGUGCAGCAGCUGAACUCUGGGAGAGAAUAAAUGACAAAUACAUCACCGUUCCUUUGUUCACGGAAUCAUUUCAUCCACUGGAACAAGGAGUGAUGUCACCAAAGGGAAAUAUUGAUUGUCAGUCUCAUCAGAAAUCACUGAUUGAUCAACAAACAAACAACACUUAUUCACAAAGUGGCAACAUUUGAAAACAUCAAUGACAAAUCUUCAUCAUUGUCAACACUUAUUUCACAGUAAAUACAAAGGAAUCUGGUGAAAUGUUGGCAUUAAAUCUGUCAAUCAAAUCAGGAGUUUUUCUCAAGUCAAACACAAUGUUGACAACAAUGAAAGCAUCACAACUCUGUUUGCACACAAACACAUUCUUGAAAUCUUUGUGUGAUCGUCCAAAACAAAUCCACACAUAGUUCCACUUUCAUAUUCCUGGUGUUGGGUAUCGUCAUGGAAACCAUGAGAAAUAACACAACUCUAAAUACACAUUGACUAUAUAGACUUUCUUUUCAUUCUCUGGUUGUGUAAAAUCACUGGGGACAACAGUGUAAGUCCAUCAGCGUCGUUCAAUCACACAUUUACAACGUGGUAUAGAGACUGUAGAUUAGCUGCAGGUGUCAUUGUGCUUUUAUUUGUGGCACAAUGUUUUGCCUCUUUACUCAACAAGAUAGAAAAUGAUUGGACACAUUUCCACCUGGUUUGUGUUGCAUCUCUAAACUCACUGUUAGUUCCAUUUGCAGAAAAUCUCUUUCUUCACUAUAUACACGAUGCCACAUGUUAAUAAUAAUAAUCACAUAUUCAGUGAUGUAUCGGCUGUAGAUCCAAGACACCAACACACAUUAAACAAUAAGCAUCAGUGCUCAUCUGAUUUUCCACUUGUGUAAAUAUGUAAAUAUUUCAGGCUCAGAGUUAUUAAUGUUUCUUUCUUUCAUGAUGUUUUGAUUAUAUAUCACUUAAUAUGAAACAAGCUUGUUCAUGAAAUGAGAUUUGUGGGAUUUUUGAAGCUCGUCGACACACUGAUGUUUCAGCUUUGGCUUCUUAAACAUUUUGAAGAUGUGUUUAAAGAAAUGAAGUUGCACUGUUGUUUCUUUCCUUUUGUACUUCUACCUUGCUUUUCAAAAUUCAAUAAAGGCCCUGAUUUGUUCAAAUGUC